CUGGGACAUCAACAAAGGCUCUGGCUCUGCAUAUUCCGGACCCACGCAACCGCCGUUGGCGUUUCCUCGCCGGCGUGUCGCGAGGCGAGUUUUUCGCUGCGUCUCAGCUGAAGUCUCUCGGUCUAGAAUUUGCACGUGUGAUCGACACCUUGAAGCAUAGUUACCACAAUUACCAGUUCACGCAGCUUCUUCUUUCAGCAGUGAUCAACUGCACGUCGGACAGUGUUCGCCAGUGCUUCCCGCCUCUGAUUGAAAAGGACGGCGUCUUCGGCUGGGCCGCGGGACACAACGUCUCUGGCAACGGAGGACCGCAAAACGGGCCAUGGGCGAAUCGACGACGUCCGCCACGGCCAGUCGAAGUGUCGACGCUAGUGGAAAAACUCUGCUCGGCUCUCGAACUGACCGCACUGGCGGCUAAGCGCGACGUCGACAAAUUCAUGGCGUCCUACAUGCGCAGUCUGGAGCGCGAACUUGCGGCGAUGUCAAAGGUCGUUACUCCACCAGAGCAGGAUGAUUCGACGUCUUUUCGUGAGGAACAAGAUGAAGUAGUCCUGCAGCAGCCCAUGGAGGUGUAUGGCCAGGAAGAAUUGGCGAACGACCAAACUGCAACUACGAGAAUCUUUCCUGCUCUAGUCGCUGAAGAGAAAACUGCAAUCAUGCAUUUAGGUGAACGCAAUGAGGGACCGGAAAUGAUGAACUACACAGGGGCGAUCGUACAGACAACAUCUGCCGCUUCUAACGCAAACACUUCCAUUGGUGGAGCAGCUGGCUCAUCUACCUUAAAGCAGCAGUCAUCUUCUGGCUCUGCUGGUGUCAGCAAGCGCAGCCCGAGUUCUUCGCCUGUGGAUCGCCGUUGCGUUAAGCGGCCCACGCUCUCUCGUUCGUCGUGCGAUUCUCCACGCUCGACCGUCUGUGUAGUGGAG